ACUAUUCAGAGGCAUCUUGGGGGCCAAAAGUGUAUCUCUUGACUUGCUGUUGCUGGUCCUCCUCUGUAUCUCAGUCCUCAUCUCCACCACCGACAGAGUGCUCCCUUCCUCUCAUCUCAGUCCUCCUCUUCUCCAUUGCGCUGCCUGGAAUAAGAUCGAUCCGCCUUGUUGUUUGGUGAGCUCAUCCAAUCUCCGCCCCUGACACCUGUGGAGCAUCCACAGAGUGGAACAGCUAGCAAGAACCACUGAGUUUCCGGUCAUUAUUCAGAGCACCACACAUCGAAUCCACUGACCUGAUUGAGUGAAGCGACCUCCACGAAGCGCCGUCUAGUCCCCUCACGGAUCUGGCCUCUGGUGCCCAGCCGCCGCUUUCGCUUCGUUGUCCGACGAGGCCACCGCCGCUGUGUUCUGCUCUGCCGUGAAGCACAAAAAGUGGAACAGCAAGCAAGAACCGCCGAGUUUCCAGUAAGAUUCCAGGGUGGGGUCGUGGGGCUCUGUAUCUAUCUAGUACGGAGUACCAAUGUAUUCAAGCAGUUUACUCUCUUGACCGCUGUUGGACUUCCUCUGUCCCGGCUUCCAUUGUGCUGCCUUGAACAGAUCCAUCCGCCUUGUUGCUGAUCUCAUCCAACCUCCGGGGUGCUAGUUUCCAGUGAUUAUUCAGAGCACCAUGCUAGCGGCCUGAUCGAGUGAAGCGGCCUCUAUGCAGCCGCUGUGUUUUGCUCUGUUCUGUUCUGUUCUGUUCUGCUCUGCCAUCCGACGCUGACGCCGCGACUGUUUUCUGCUCUGCCGUGAAGCAUCAAAGGUUUCCGGUCAUUAUUCAGAGCACCAUGCAUAGAAUCCACUGACCCGGCUAUAAGUUCUUAUAAGAUAUUUGGUGCCCACAGCGCGACCGUCGGCCGUUUGUGUUCUGCUCUCCUGUGAAGCAUCAAAGGUUUCCAGCUGAUUGAUCCAGCGAGCUCUCAUGGAUAUUGUCACGGGUGCCAUUGCCAAGCUGAUCCCCAAGCUGGCCGACCUACUUGUGGGGGAGUACAAGCUGCACAAGAACGUCAAGAAAAAUAUCGAGGACCUCCUGAAGGAGCUUGAGAGCAUGAACGUUGCCCUCAUCAAGAUUGGUGAGGUGCCGCGGGACCAGCUCGACAAACAAGACAAGCUCUGGGCCGAUGAUGUCAGAGAGCUCUCCUACGUCAUCGAGGAUGUUGUUGACAAGUUCCUCGUACGAGUCGACCACAUUCAGCCUGACGACGCCACAAACAAAUUCAAGGGGCUCAUGAAGAGGACGACCAAGUUGCUGAAGAAAGUCAAGGAUAAGUAUGGGAUAGCUCACGCAAUCAAGGACAUCCAGGAGCAACUCCAGAAGGUGGCAGCUAGGCGUGACAGGAACAAGGUAGUUGUUCCUAAUCCUACGGAACCAAUUACUAUUGAUCCUUGUCUUCGAGCUUUGUACGCAGAAGCGACAGAGCUAGUUGGCAUAUAUGGGAAGAGGGAUGAGGAGCUCAUGAGGUUGCUCUCCAUGGAGGGUGAUGAUGCCUCUAAGAACAGACUAAAGAAGGUCUCCAUUGUUGGAUUUGGAGGGUUGGGCAAGACCACUCUUGCUAGAGCAGUAUACGACAAGAUUAAAGGUGAUUUCGAUUGUCGGGCAUUUGUUCCCGUCGGUCAGAACCCUGACAUGAAGAAGGUUUUAAGGGAUAUCCUCAUUGAUCUCAGCGACGGCAACCCUCAGUCAGAUCUUUCAAUACUGGAUGUUAAUCAUCUUAUUAAAAAGCUUCAUCAAUUCCUGGAGAACAAGAGGUAUCUUGUCAUAAUUGAUGAUAUAUGGGAUGAAAAAUUGUGGGAACACAUCAACUUUGCUUUCUCCAACAGGAAUAAUCUAGGCAGUCGACUAAUUACGACAACCCGCAUUGUCAGUGUCUCCAAUUCAUGUUGCUCGUCGGACCAUGAUUCGGUUUAUCAAAUGGAACCACUUUCUGUUGAUGACUCCAGAAGACUCUUCUACAAAAGAAUAUUUCCAUUCGAGAGUGGAUGUCCAAAUGAAUUUGAACAAGUGUCUACAGAUAUUCUGAAGAAAUGUGGUGGGGUACCACUAGCCAUCAUUACUAUUGCUAGUGCUUUGGCUGGUGGCCAGAAGGUGAAACCAAAGUGUGAGUGGGAUGUUCUGCUCCAAUCCCUUGGCUCUGGACUAACAGAAGAUAAUAGUUUAGAGGAGAUGCGGAGAAUACUCUCUUUCAGCUAUUAUAAUCUACCGUCCCAUCUGAAAACUUGUCUACUAUACCUAUGUAUAUAUCCAGAAGAUAGCGAGAUUUAUAGAAAUAGACUGAUAUGGAAGUGGGUGGCCGAAGGAUUUGUCCACCAUGGAGAUCAAGGGACCAGCCUGUUUUUGGUCGGAUUGAACUACUUCAACCAGCUCAUUAAUAGAAGUAUGAUCCAGCCAAUAUAUGAUGAACUAGGCCAGGUACAUGCUUGCCGUGUACAUGAUAUGGUUCUAGACCUUAUCCGCAACUUGUCACAUGAAGCAAAGUUUGUUAAUGUAUUGGAUGGCACUGGGAAUAGCAUAUCUUCACAAAGUAAUGUCCGCCGUUUGUCCCUUCAGAAUAAAAAGGAAGAUCAUCAAGCCAAGCCUCUCACAAAUAUCAUGAGUAUGUCACGAGUGAGGUCAAUUACUAUCUUUCCACCUGCUGUUAGUACCAUGCCAAGUCUGUCAAUGUUUGAAGUUCUGCGUGUAAUUGAUCUGUCGAACUGUGACCUUGGGGAAAAUAGUAGCCUGCAGCUUAACCUGAAGGGUGUUGGACACUUAAUCCACCUGAGGUACCUUGGUCUAGCAGGUACUCAAAUCAGGGAACUGUCGGCUGAGAUAGGAAACCUGCAAUUUUUGGAGGUGUUGGAUCUUGUAAGGAAUGAUGAGCUAGAUGAAUUGCCAUCCACUCUUUUUAAAUUGAGAAGGUUAAUCUACCUAAAUGUUUGGUUCUAUAAGUUGGUUCCAACUCCUGGUGUGUUGCAGAAUCUUACAUCCAUUGAAGUGUUGAGGGGGAUCUUGGUCUCUCUGAACAUUAUUGCACAAGAGCUUGGCAACCUGGCAAAGCUGAGGGAGCUUCAGAUUCGCUUCAAGGAUGGUACUUUGGAUUUGUAUGAAGGUUUCGUGAAGUCUCUGUGCAACCUACAUCACAUCGAAAUUCUAAUUAUUGGUAACAAUUCCGAAGAAACAUCUUUUGAACUGAUGGAUCUCUUGGGAGAACGCUGGGUGCCUCCUGUACAUCUCCGCAAAUUUGUGUCUAGGAUGCCCAGCCAACUCUCUGCACUGCGAGGGUGGAUAAAGAGAGACCCCUCGCAUCUCUCGAACCUCUCUGAGUUAAUCCUCUAUUCAGUGAAGGAAGUGCAGCAGGAGGACGUGGAAAUCAUUGGGGGUUUGUUGUCCCUUCGCCUUCUCUGGAUAACGAGCACCCACCAAACACAACGGCUGCUAGUCAUCCGUGCAGAUGGGUUCCGCUGUAUGGUAGAGUUUUACUUGGAUUGUGGGUCAGCAGCGCAGAUAAUUUUUGAACCAGGAGCUUUGCCGAGGGCGGAAGAUGUUAGGUUCAGCCUGGGCGUGCGGGUGGCGAAAGAGGAUGGAAACUGUGGUUUCGACUUGGGCCUGCAGGGGAACCUGCUCUCCCUUCAGGGGCGUGUCAGGGUUUAUAUGUAUUGUGGUGGAGCGAGGGUUGGGGAGGCAAAGGAAGCGGAGGCUGCGGUGAGGCACGCCCUCGACGCCCAUCCCAACCAUCCCAGGAUUUAUAUUCCGAUGAUCCCGGAUAUAGCAGAAGAUGCUCAUGAUGACGAUUUGUGUGAGGAGAGGAGGAGAACUGGUUUCUGACCCAGAGGGAUUCACCUUGCGUCAGGUGUGCUCUCGGUAGCAGGGGCGCGGGACGGUGGGGUUACUGCUGGUGGCAUCGGAGAUGAAUGUUUCAAACAUUUUGGGUGGGUGCUGGCCGUGCAAAGGUUUCCAACUUUGCUGGAAGUUGUGUGAUGAACUUCUUUUAAAUGGCAGUCACUUGCAGAAAGAGAUAUUGCUUGGUUUUGUAAUGAAUAAGUCCUUACAAGGAUAGCUUUGCUUUGCUUUAGUUGAGGGCCAUCGUUGCUCCUCUGUUUUGCAUGUUGUUACAUGGGAGGGCUAGCCCAUGACAUGCUGGUGUUUUCUGUUUUUAAGCUGAACCGGAUAAACCUGAGGGUGUAUUAUCAGUUUCGUGAUCAAUGAAAUCUGAGCUCUUUAAUUCAAAAAUAAAAAGUGUGAUUUA